AUGGUCAACUACAGACGAGUGAUAUGCGAGGUGGUGGUCCUCUUAGCGGUGGUCUCAAUUAAUAUUGCGGCACCCGUCCCUGAUUGCCCUCACGCCUAUAUUGAUCAAAGACAGAAUGGCACUGAAAACUAUCGCUUAAGCAUCGAUGGUGUCGUCAUAGCAGUCGCUCCAGCUGAAACUCUCCUCGAUGCCGCUUCGGACCUAAGUGAAUUGUUUAGCGAAACGGACUUAGAUGUAUUCCUCAAACCUCCUCCUCCUCAUGCUCCAUCAAAACCUGAAGAAUCAAAACCCGAGGAAUCAAAACCUGAAGAAUCAAAUCUGAAGCCUGAAUCGGAGAAUCCAAAUGAUAAACCUAUCAGCGAUGUUAGCCUUGAGUCAAAUUUACCCGCUCAGAAGAAGGAUGCCUCGGUUAAAAAACAAGAAAAAGCGCAAAGACUGAAAAACCGGCUGGCAAAUGUUUUGAUACCAUUGCUACGAAGAACGCGACACCAC